AUGUUCAAUAACCAAAAUCCAUCUUAUAACCAAAACCCAUCCUAUAACCAAAAUCCAUUCCAUAAAAAAUUAUGUAAUACUACAAAUCAAAACCAAAUUUAUCAAAAAUUAUAUAAUGCUACAAAUCGAACAAUAUCCUCGUUAUUAGCUCCAACAUGUUAUGAAAUAAUCCUCAAUGAAAGUAAUGCACAAUCUGAAUAUACAUCCGAAAAUUUAAUCGGUCGUAUAAUACCAGCUGGUACAUUUGAAGAUACGGCAUUAGCUCUAGAAUAUUUAUAUGCCAUUCUUUGUCCAAUACCAAAUUUACCCCCAGCACAAUAUACUAUUCAAACAUAUAAUUUAACACAUGUAUCUUAUGAUCAAAGUUACCUCAGAACUCAAAUUAUACUUGUACUUAAUUUAACUGGUAAUAUACAAUUAACUUUCUUUGCAUCAUUAGCUUUUGAUCAAGAUUAUAAAUUAUGUGGUUAUGAUGGUCAAAUACGAAAUUUUGGUUUAACAAUAGAUAACAAUACUGCUGGUGCACAUGACGCAGCAAUAAAGAUGUUAUGUCCUGUUAUUCAAAAAUAUUGUAAUGGAACAAAUCAACAAUAUAAUUCAACUGAAGAAUGUAUAGAUUAUUUAACAAAUGAUAUACCUUUUGGUUCAUAUGAUACAGCAGAUCAAGGAACUGUUUCUUGUCGUCUUAUACAUGUAAAAUUUAUUCCAUUAAUACCUGAAAUGCAUUGUCCACAUGUUGGAAAAACUGGAGGGGAUGCAUGUUAUGAUAAGACUGUUGAUUUCUAUUACAAUCAACCAGAUUUUCUUGGUUGUGCUCAUCAAUAUAAUAAAAACAAUUAA